CGCAACGGCUUGAGAAAGGCUCAAAUUAUGUGCCUCCUGCCGCAACAGGAAUAUAUUCCAAAUCUGUUUCCAAUGCAAGUUCUCUGGUUAAGACAAACGGUAUAUUAAAUGCAAGUAAGUGUGCUUUGUCAAGCCAGAAACGUGCAUUUACUCCAAACCAAGUGCCAAAUGAAAGUGUGUCCUGCUCCACUGUCAAACUUACAUGUGACAGAACCAACAGCAUGGUCAAUCCCCUGAGAAAUGACAUUACUAACAAUAAUCAGCAGUCUCUAGGCAAUCAACAUUAUUCCACAACAGCCCAUUACCGUAAAGAGUUAUUUCCAACAUCCAGGGCUGCAAAUAUACUCAACACCCCAUCACCCAACCGUAAACAUUUAUUGAGCAGGACACCCAUCACAGGAUCUGCCGCCAGAGUACCUGUCAAAAACUCUCAAACUCCCAUAGCUACGGGAAUAAAAGCUCCACCGAUGCGAACACCGGUACUGUCAUCCUGUCUCAAAAACAGAGUAAGUUCAUCCUUUCAGAAGCUGAUUUCUUUCUGCGGAGCUUAGAUUCAAAUUAGAAUGGAAUUACAUGGAAAUUAUCCCUGAUCUGUUUUGUUUUGCUAAUUGUAAUUUUAACUAAAAUAUAUGUGUAAUAAUAACCAUAUUGGUUUUUUUUUACAUGUGCUGUUUUAAAAAAAAAAAUUUUUUUUAUCUAAUACGAUAUUUACUUGUAAGUAUAAGUAAUGUUUACUUCAUAAGUAUGUUUAAAAAUUUUCCUCUAGGAUGCCAGUAGGACAGAAAUGGUAACAGUUUCAGCUACAAAGGUAGGACACUUACUCUUAUCUAGUGUUUAUUCUUUGUCCAGGAUUUAAUUCACUACUUGAUUUUUAUAGCUGGAUUACAUGGCCCUGGCCCCUGUAUUGAGUAUUUUAAAAUAAAAGUCUGGAAUGCUCUUCGGUGAUUUCACUUUUUUAAAAUCUUUAGUAUGUGAAAAUAGCUGGUGUGUUUUUUUGUUGUUUUUUUCUCUUAAACUUUUAAGGAUUGUUUUUUUCUUAAAUGAAAUCUAAUACACAAAUGCUCUUCAUGAACAAUGAAAAUGUUUAUUCAACAUGUAUUCAACACUUCUAUGUACCGUAUGUCAACGUCUUUAAAAAUAAACAAAUUUACAUAUAAAUUAGUCAAAUUAUUAUCAUUUAUUUUCUUUUACGGCAGACAUUGAGAUGGGCCGAUUGUCACAGACUGUCCCAAAAUUCAUGAUGUUAAAGGAAAUCCAACUAUUAUAUGUUACAUGAACAAUUUAUUGUAAAAGGUCGGAGCGAGU